AUGAUAUUUGCUUUACAAGGGAUUUAUGAGGACGAUCAUAACACAACACACAACACGGCAAAUCCCUUAAUGCCUUCAGCCACUGCUGUUUUGCUUAUUUUUAGCACUCAACCCAACAAUGGACUCAACACACGCUUUAGCUACGAUUACGAUCAAUGCAGGCAGUAUCAGCAGGCAAAUGCAUAA